GCUGCCUACAGCUUCCGGUGUCUGUGCUACACUGCCGGUACAGAAGAACAACAACAAGAGGAGAGCCGGGGUCGCCAUGCUGCUCACCGUGUACUGUGUGCGCCAGGACCUUACCGAGGUCACAUUCUCACUAGAAGUGGACAGUGAUUUUGAGCUUGAGAACUUCAGGGCGCUGUGUGAACUGGAGAGCGGCAUCCCCGCGGCACAGAGUGAGAUUGUCUAUGCAGAAAGACCACUGACUGACAACCAGCGCUCUUUGUCUUCUUAUGGACUGAAAGAUGGUGAUGUGGUAGUUCUACGUCAGAGAAGUCCUGCUGAGCCGCGGCCUGCUGCUGCUCCUGCUGCAUUUCCUGGUUUACCAAGGAUUGAUUUCAGUAGGAUUGCAGUGCCUGGUACAUCCAAUCAGCCUCCUCUUGCGCAGCCCAGAGCUCCUCCUCCUCCUCCUCCUCCGGAUUCCACGUCUAUCCCUCAAGGCCUGGAUAACCCAACUUUACUAAGAGAGAUGCUGCUAGCGAAUCCGCAUGAGUUGUCGCUUCUAAAGGAGCGAAAUCCACCUCUGGCUGAGGCUUUGCUGAGUGGGGACUUGGAGAAGUUUACAAAGGUGCUUCUGGAGCAGCAGCAAGAGAGAGCACGGCGGGAGCAGGAAAGAAUUAGACUCUUCGCUGCUGACCCUUUUGACUUGGAAGCGCAGGCUAAAAUAGAGGAAGAUAUAAGGCAGCAGAACAUAGAAGAAAAUAUGACCAUUGCUAUGGAAGAGGCACCAGAGAGCUUUGGUCAGGUGGUGAUGCUCUACAUCAACUGCAAAGUGAAUGGGUACCCUGUGAAAGCUUUUGUUGACUCUGGUGCCCAGAUGACAAUCAUGAGUCAAGCCUGUGCAGAAAGGUGCCACAUCAUGAGGCUGGUGGACAGGCGGUGGGCAGGUAUUGCCAAGGGUGUGGGCACACAGAAAAUAAUCGGCAGGGUGCAUCUGGCUCAGGUACAAAUUGAAGGGGACUUUCUACCGUGUUCUUUCUCCAUCCUGGAAGAGCAGCCGAUGGACAUGCUGCUUGGGCUUGACAUGUUAAAGAGACAUCAGUGCUCUAUUGACUUGGAAAAGAAUGUCCUGGUAAUUGGCACAACGGGCACCCGCACAAGCUUCUUGCCUGAGGGGGAGCUACCGGAGUGCGCUAGACUAGCAUAUGGCCCAGGUCGGGAGGACAUGCACCCAGAGGAGAUCGCAGAUCGCGAACUGGCAGAAGUAUUACAGAAAUCCGCUGAUGAAGCAGGUAAGGAAACUACCUCACUAAACGAUCCAUCGCUGGUGCCACCAACUGAAGGACGCCACAACCCUGCCCGCACUUCAGGCACAGCUUCUAAUUCUCUUGCUCCUUCAGUCUCUGUUCCUACAACCAUCCAUUCGCACCCUUCUAUGGUGGCUGAGAGUACAGAGGCACUAACUGACUUGUUCAAAGCAGAAGACUUUAAAGUCAAGAGCGAGGUUUCUCCCACAAAGGAUGACAUUCAGGCUGGGAAUCUUCCUCCGAUUUUAACACCAAUUGAAAAACAAAAUUCUGACUCUGAAAGCCUUGAUCUUUGCAAAGAGACAGUAUUAUCAGGUCCAUCUCCAAGAUCCGGUGCUGAUCCAUCUACAGAGAGAAUAUUGAUAUUAGAUCAACUGGCAUCAGAUCCGGGGCUUGAAGGCUUAUCAGACUCACAGCAGCUGUUGGAUACUUGUAAUAAGACCUGUGAAGUUAAACAACCACUGGCUCCACUUGGCAUACAUAAUCAUGGCAAUGAGUUUGAGUGCAAUUUGCAAUCUGAUGUUGUUCCAACCACUGCUAGUUUGUCCCAUACUGGUAUUUUAGGGCAGGGCUCAGAAGAAGGGCUGGGCGAUAGCAUGCAUUCUGUCAAUGAAUCCCCAAUGGAAAUAGAUACUACUACGAUCUCACAGUCUGAAGAGGAUAUAUCAUUACAAGUUAAUCACUGUGAUGUGUGUAAAAGCCAUGAAUGUACCAAAUUGCAGGGACAUGGUGCGCCUCCCCAAAGUGCAGCAACUGACCACAUGUCAUUUGCAGAUGGAGUACAGUUUAAAAAUGACAAGGUAUCUAGUGGGGUCUCUGGAUCAACUGACAGUAUUUCUGGGGAUAAUUGCACAAAUGCACCCAAUACCUAUGUGCAGGAUGAACCACAGUGCUUCUCUUUGGCUACAGCACUGAAAGAACUUCAUAAGCUUUUGGUUAUAAGUAAUCAAGAAUCAUGUAGAACACAGCCAAUGGGAAAAUCUCAUAAUACUGACACUAAUCCUGAGGACAAGGAUGAUCAUUUGUUAGAGCCUUGUCACAAUGGAAUUUUAAAUAACCAAUCAUGUAGCCAGAGUUCUGAAGAUGCUUCAGACUCGGGUCAUGUUGUCAGUGAGGGGGAAAUUUCAUUUUUAUUUAGCCAAACCGUAUGUGACACUAGAAGCGCUGACCAAGGUCAAGCCCAUCCAGAAUAUUUGCCUUACAAAGAAGACUGUAGUAAAUCAGAUGUUUCAGAGUUUUCUGAUGUUGUUUGUCCUUCUGAAGCACGUGGAGAUUAUUCUUUAGACUCUGCUGAAGCUGUGGGACCUCCUCUCUCACACAGGGAUUGUCCUGUCAUCAGCAACUCUGACAAAAAUCCAAAAGCUGUUACCGAUCCCUCUGUAGUACCUGAGAAAGACCCUGGGUGUGAUGAGACAAUCCCUGAAAUACAUCCUGAUGCUGGGAGACCACAGUGUGACCUCCCUGCACCUGCAGCGGACUCUCAUUCUAACCAUUCAGCUCCUAUGUUUCCUGCAUCUGCUGUAGAAUGGAUUGUAAAUGCUGGGUUUACUUUGCAGGAUGCCAUUCAUGCACUGGAAAGAGCUGACGGCGAUGCAGAAUUAGCUCUUCUUAGUUUGCUAGCAAAGAACAUUAUUGUCCCUACAUAACUGAUAUUUGUUACCAAUAAGGAAUGAAGAAUCACCUUUUUGAGAUUGCUCUGUCCUGUCUGGUGAGGCUUUCUGGGUCCUUUUGAACCAACCUGGUUGCUAAAAAGUUUGUCACCCCCUUUGUGUAGCAGUCCAUUGCAAACUUGUAUGUCAGCAAAGGGGUUAAUGCUUUGCUUUGGUGUACAACAUGACUCCUCCCACAAACUGCUCGCUUUAUGAAUAAUUUAACAGAGCAGAGGUUUGAAUCUAUGUCCCAGUAGACCAGUGACAGAAUGUCGGCUAUGAAUGUCCUGCUCUCAAAAACAAAAAUAGGUGCUUCAAAAUCUUAAGUUGUUUGUGUAAAUCAGUUUUCAGUACCGCUGACUUCCUUAAGCUACUAUUGUUUUUACAUUGGUGAAGAGAGAAAGCAUUUGAGCUAUGGGGCUGUAUAAUUAUAAAGAAUUCUUGUCUCUUCUCCAUAGAGAAUGCACUAUUUCCCUAUUAAUUUUUUAAUUUCUUUUUAAAGGUAUAAAUAUUGCUUCUGAAAUCUAGUAAUCAGGGCAGAGUUGUGAGCUCCACAAGAAAUUAGCUGGCCCUCUAACACGGAAAGGUUUAGAGCAUAUUAACUAAACAGGUGCCUUUUUUGAGACACCAUUUUAAUCCUGUUUUGAAGAGAGAAAAAAAACUUUAAUUUUAGCUUAAUUUUGAUUUUCUUUUCUCCGGUUAAUUAAUAAUAUUUGAAUUGUUUACCUUAACUGGACAGAGCAUUUAGGGGAGACCACAACAUGUAGAUUUUUCAACAACUUAAAACCAAAUCUUGUUUACAUAUUUUUAUCAUAUGUAUUUGUGUCUGCUUUGUAACCACCUUUUGACACUGAACGUUGCUGGCAUUAGCUCCUUUUGUUGUAAGGUGGGUGUUAAGCCACCUACAUCUCUAAAGUACUUGAAGUUUUGAUGGGUGUGGACAUUCUCAAGAUGUUUCCAUCUUGGUAUUUUUCAGAAAUCUUAUUUUUUUUUUUCCUUUAAAAACUCUGAAAUUUUAUUUGUCUCUGCAAGUUCAUAUAAAAUAAUGCCUAAAAAAGUAAGUUAUUAAAGUUUGAAUUUAAAGAC